GUCGAAGCAGCGCACCCGACUAUUGGCCCACGGUUUGAGAACCAGCCGAAUGCGAGAGAGACCUCAGUAGUACAUGAAGCCGACUGUUAACUUCAGGCUCUGUUUACCAUACAAAGUCGGUUCACGUUAGUUAACCAUGACCACAUCGGGGUCCUUGGAUCGAAUGGAGCUGUGUGAAAGUCUCUUGACAUGGAUCCAGACGUUUGGAGUGGAGGCUCCGUGCAAGACAGUAGAAGACUUGACGGGCGGUGUCGUCAUGGCCCAAGCUCUACAGAAAAUAGAUGCAGCGUAUUUCAACGACGCUUGGCUUAGUAGAAUCAAGCCAGAGGUUGGGGACAACUGGAGGUUAAAAAUCAGCAAUCUAAAGAAAGUUCUGAAAGGAAUCCUCGAGUUCAACCAAGAGAUCCUUGGCCAGCACAUUAACGACUUCACGCUACCAGAUGUGAACAUGAUUGGCGAACACUCUGACCCAGCAGAACUUGGGAGGAUGCUGCAGCUGAUCCUGGGCUGUGCCGUCAACUGUGAACAGAAACAAGCAUACAUCCAGACCAUAAUGAUGAUGGAGGAGUCCGUGCAGCAUGUUGUCAUGACAGCCAUCCAAGAGCUGAUGAGUAAAGAGACUCCAGUGAUGGGGAGCAGUGACUCAUAUGUGGAUCUAGACAGACAGCUGAAGAAGACAGCAGAGGAGCUGAACGAUGCUUUGUCUACCAAGGAAGAGAUCUCCCAGAGGUGUCGUGAGCUUGACAUGCAGGUGGCGGCGCUGCAAGAGGAGAAGAGCAGCUUGCUAGCAGAAAACCAGGUCCUGAUGGAGAGGCUUAACCAGUCCGACUCCAUCGAGGAUAUAAACAGCCCUGCAGGACGCAGACACCUCCAGCUGCAGACACAACUGGAGCAACUUCAGGAAGAAACUUUCAGGUUGGAGGCAUCAAAAGAUGACUACCGGAUCCGCUGUGAGGAGCUCGAAAAAGAACUCCUGGAUGUGAAGUCACAGAAUGAAGAGCUUUCGUCACUGGCUGAUGAAGCCCAGUCACUCAAGGAUGAAAUGGAUGUCCUCAGGCAUUCAUCAGACAAAGUGUCAAAGCUGGAGGGCACAGUGGAACACUACAAGAAGAAACUAGAGGACAUGGGACUGCUCAGGAGACAGAUCAAGCUUAUGGAGGAGAAGAACACAGUGUUAAUGCAGAGCAACGUGAGUUUAGAAGAGGAGCUACGAAAAGCUAAUGCUACCAAGGGCCAGCUGGAGACGUACAAGAGACAGGUGGUCGAACUUCAGAACAGACUGUCGGAAGAGUCUAAAAAGGCCGACAAGAUGGAGUUUGAGUACAAACGUGUCAAAGAGAAGGUGGACUCUCUCCAAAAAGAAAAAGAUCGUAUGCGUACGGAAAGAGACUCUCUAAAGGAAACCAUUGAAGAGCUUCACUGUGUUCAAGCCCAGGAGGGACAGCUUACAUCAGGUUUGUUCCCAUUGGUCAGCAACGACGGUGAUUCACUGGCAGCGGAGAUCACUUCCCCAGAGAUUCGAGAACAUCUGAUUCGUCUUCAGCAUGAGAACAAGAUGUUGAAGCUGGCGCAGGAGGGAUCAGACAACGAGAAGAUUGCGCUGUUGCAGAGUCUACUGGAGGAUGCUAACAGGAGGAAAAAUGAACUGGAGACAGAAAACAGGUUAAUCAAUCAGCGUCUGAUGGAGGAGCAGGGUCAGGUGGAGGAGCUGCAGAAGAAUCUCCAAGAAGAGGGUUCCAAAGCAGACGACUCUUCUAUCCUGAAGAAGAAAUAUGAGGAGCACAUGGAGAAACUACGGGAGUUGAACAAUGAGUUACUGAAGAAGAAUGCAUUCAUUGACGAUAUGGAGCCGAAAUACAACAGCAGCUCCCAACGAGUGGAUGAGCUGGAGGACGCCCUGAAGAAGAAAGAUGAUGACAUGAAACAGAUGGAGGAGAGGUAUAAGAAGUACCUGGAAAAGGCAAAGAGUGUUAUCCGGACCCUGGACCCCAAGCAGCACCAGGGUUCAGGUCCAGAGGUGCAGGCCCUUAAAAACCAGCUACAGGAGAAGGACAGGAUGUUGCACUCUUUGGAGAAAGAGAUGGACAAGACAAAAAGCCAGAGAGAUUACGAGGAGAAACUGAUUGUGUCAGCCUGGUACAAUAUGGGCAUGUCUCUGCAAAAGAAGGCGGCUGAAGACAGACUUGCCAACACAGGCUCCGGUCAGUCCUUCUUGGCCCGGCAGAGACAAGCCACCAGCACCCGCCGCUCAUACCCAGGCCACGUCCAGCCCGCUACCGCAAGAUCCAUGAGGUAGAGAUGCCAGACAAGGCUGCCCCAAAAAAAUCUCCCACCACUUUUUUUCCCACCUGACUUAACAUUUUUUAUUCUGGCUCGUGUGAUGCCAGGCUCCUUCCCUUUUUAACACAUCAGCAUUUAUAGGGUGUGACUAAUGGCUGACCUUCCUCUCCCUGUACUCUGUGGCAGACCUUUGUCCUGGCUAUUGCAUCUUAUUGACAAGUUACUGUCAUUUUUUUGUUUUUGCAGAAGCGCUCUGCCUGUUCAUGCAGUAUUUAUGCACAUCUGUACCUGUCGUAUCACUUACGGUUGAGCGUGUUUGAUAGAUUGGAGUUGACAGAUUUUCUGUUUAUGAGGCGACAGCAAUUCUCAUUUACAUAUGUCAUUGUUAAAACUGUAUUUUUCAAAUGGGGACAAGUUGCUCUCCUGCAGUGUCAUUAUGUUUCUAUUGUUUCACCACAAAUACAUUAAGGAAUAGGAAGACGUAUUGUCAUCACAGAAAAUGUUUCAUUUGCUAGAAAAAUGGUCUAAAUGAUCUCUAAUGGGAUUUGAAAGUUACUUCUUCAGUUGGUGAAGUUUUUCCAGGAGUCGCAAUCCACAGCUAGAUACAUUUUGGCGAAGAACAACGUACAAGCUAACUGUGUUUUCAUUGUCUUCUAUUAAGGAGCCACCAUCGUUCAAACCAGCAUUUACCUUCGUGCCAUAGUGUAAAAUUGAAAUAUGUAUUUGGUUAAUGUUAUCCAUGGAACACUGCAGGCGCGCCUCCUCACACUACACCGAGAGAAAUGCGAUCUACUCGUGAGACGGUUUUGGAUGCUUGCACUGUUUUGUUGAAAGGGGAUUUAGUCUGGAAGUGGUUCUGUGUGCGGAUAGUAUAACAAAGAGAGGACCCUGAUUCACUAUAGCUCAUUGAAGCAGACUGACUUUCCCCGUUGUUAAAGAUAUAUUUUUUGCUCUGAUAGCAAAAAGGCUGUUAAAGGAAAGCACUGCAAGGUAUUGCCCAUGUCAAUUUAAAUAGGAAUCUUGAAUUGGUAUGCUUGUUUCGGCUGUUACUGUACUUUCUUUAAAUGAUUUAUUUUUCCUCUACAUUGUCACUGUUUUAAAGCACACCUUUUCGAAGGGAUUAACCCUAUUUGUUUGUUGUGUAUGUCUUUGUAUCAAGGCCUGAUUCUAUUCUAACAAUCCCCGCCGUCUGACCAUUAUCUCUCUCUCUCUCUGUCUCCUCCCUCAACAGCAAUGUCACUGCAUGACUGGCACACCAAUGAGCUGGCCCGAGCCUUGUGCGUGUGUCCUGGCCCGGCCCGUUGCUGGCCUACAUUGGCCCCGGGGCUGGGCUAGGCAGAGGCACACCAUGCAUGAAUCCUCGCCUGCGUACUGUUUGCAUGACUUUGAAUAGACUCGUGCCUGCGGAUAACCAGCGCACCGCAGCAGCGUGAGCACUAACAACCCUUCUGCUCUGUCAUGCAUUGUAACCUCCAGUCAAGCCCUGAGGAGGCAAGAAAUUCCACUCCUGUCCUCAUUUCCAGCUCCUUGCUCCUCAUGCUCUUUAUUCUCCUCUCCCCCUUCCUUUACUCUUUAUGGACAUGCCUGCUUGUGCUUCCUUGUUACAAUUCAAUUUCUGUUACAAAUACCAAGGACAGGGGCUGUUUAGUCCUUCAACCAGGCAGUUGGUAUACUAUUUCGGCCUUUUUUCCUCUAGUGUGUUGGCUGCUUCAGGAUACCUCAUGCUUUAACAUAUCUGUUUUUCAAAUUCAUGGUUGAAGAAGAGUCUACAUCAGCAUUUGAGAAAUACCUGAGAGGUGUAGCCUGGAAAUGUAUCACAAAAAUGCUCCCCUUUAAGCUUCUAAGCGUGUAUCUCCUGCAAUGCCCAGGCUCUCCUCAACACAUUGCUGGACGGUAUCUUUAGAGUGGUUUUACCUCAAGUAUUAGAGAAUAAGGAAAGGGCCUUACUGUGCUGCCCUGUGCACUGUUGGACUAUCUGCAGUAGGAACAUAGGAUGGCAAAAUAAGUAUUUUUAUCAAGAUGAAUAACAUUGUUACAUAUAUGCGUUUAUACAAGAUAAAAGCCCCCGCUAAGCCUAAUUCAGUUUUAGAUUGAAUUCUACAUCUCUCGGUAGUUGCUAUAUUUUAUUUGUCUAUGUUGUCUAUGUUAUUUACCAAGUAGCAAAUAACCUGCCCUCUAAUGGAGCCAACAUGAAGAUUCACACUUUUAAUCCAUUAUCUAAGAUCAUUUUCCAGUGUCUUACUAUUGCAACUUCAUGUAAAAAAUAACAUUUUUGGCAUUAAAUGAAUAUGUUGGUAUUCCAGAUUGUAUCAAAUGUUGACAAAUAUGGCGAGAGAUUGGACCUCAGAAAAUAUGCAUAUUACAGGCAUAAAUGCAUUUUUCAAUCGAGAUAAAUGGUUGGGUCCUCCAAUUUUAGUGCCUUUGUUUAAAAUUGGAUGUAUUAAAAUAAAAAUAAACAAGACUGGAAGGUCGUUUAGGACUAAAAGCCUUAUUAAAAAAAAAAAAAAAGGAAAAAUUGAUCUACUCGAACACUCAAAUUCACCAGGCUUGUUGGGGCUUUUCGUCUUUGUAUUUUAACCUAUUUUAAUCAUACAUGUUAUAUUGUGUAACCUUGGUUUAACUCAUGCCGUGCUUUUUUAUCGUAAUGGCUUAUUUAUUCUUUUGCCGCCUGUACAGCAGUGUUGUUGCAUUUUUUAUAUCAGCAGUAGUAUUAUAUCACCACUUAAACUUUUACAAUGGAUGUGAAGUUUCCAUACAACUUCGAGAUACUGUUAAAUACUUGUUUUAUGCAACGAAAGGAGGAUGUGGUUUGGAAAAUACAUUUUCCUCCAGCUAAUGACAAUGACACAAAGGUUAUGACUUUAACCGUGUCUUCUCCGAUCAGUGUAAAAUGAGAACAUGCUGCAAAGUCCCAUUUACCUCUAGUAUUUUCAGGAAGACGAGUUUUUUAGAAAUCUCAUGUUUGAAACAUGUUUUCUUGUUAACAAAAAAGCACAUUUUUACACUUUUAAUUCACUUAAUGACCCUACAAAUGAUUUUAUUCUCCAGUGUUUGAGCAACAGCAACAACGAUGGGGUUGAUGUUUGAGAAAAAAGACAGAUUAGCUGUUGGGCAUGCAUUAAAAUGAAUGAAAAAAAUCAACUAACCUUCAUUAAACGUCAACAAUUGAGCUUCUACAUUUGUGCGUCACUUAAAUUAUUUUCCGAGGUGAGCAGUGGAAAAAAACAUUUGCGGUAUGAAUCCAGUUAGGUGAAGAUGUGAUGUUUUUAUUUGUCCAGUUCUCUACUUGUUUCUGUCCAAGUCUGUGUUUUGUAAACCGUUUGCCAUUAAAAUCCAGCUGUAAGUUAUAUUACACAGAACUCUUUUAACCGUCCAUCCCCAUGAGUCAUUGGUUUGGUAAGAAAUCUGUACAUAAUGGAAACCAUCCACAUUGUGGUUGACCUGUUAAAGUUAUAUCAGGGAUUUUGGGAGAACAUUUUCUGUUAUUUAAUAUCUCCCUAAGAGAAUGCAUUUUAUGUUGUCCUCUUUAAUCCCACAUCGAGCAAACCAAUGUAUGGUGUUGCUUACAUGUGUCUGUGUGUAUAUACCUAAUAUUUCUUGCAAAUAUUUAGAUACUGGGUGACAAAUUAUCACAAACUGGAGGAACUAGCUUCAGAGGACAGCCAGUUGGCACCACUUUCAGACAUUUUAACUCUGAUUUCUUCUCAACAAGGAAGGAAAGGUGACACGUUGAUGGACUGUUUUAGCUAUAACUCCAAAUCUUUCCUUAAUAUUAAUUUUUCAGAACAAAAUACUGAGUGAAGAUUGCAGUAUUCUCUACAAAACCUGGUCAUAUUGUGGAGUAUUACUUACAUGCCUAAGCUAAAAUGAGUACCUGGUGUUCCCUAGUGUUACUUGACUUGUAUUAGAGAUGGAACAAACAUGAGGUCAGAAUUGUAUCACCACGCGUGCAGUGUUUGCUGUAUUUUUUUACUCAUUGGAAAUCUUUUCUUUACAUAUUGAAGUAGCAAAUAACCUUCCAUUUGCCAAGUUUUAUAUUGCUUGUAUACAAACUACACGAUGUACAUACUAAAUGUGGCGAUAAUAGAGCAGGUGUCUUGAUGUGAUUGAGAAAAAUGAAACUAAAGUUUAGGUAAGAUGGAUUUCAUAAAGCAUCUGUAUGAUGAGGGCCUAUGGAUGGAAAUGUGCUUCCUACACUGCAAAACUUGGAAAUAUCAUUGUAAAUAAAGCUUGUAUAAAACAG